GAAAAACUCAAGAAGAGCAAGCUAAUGAAGUAAGUAACCUUAGCGGUGGAAGUAAGCAAAGCAAAAACAAUCACACCAAGUCAAUACUUCAAUAGUAUAAAUAAAAAGUCAAAACCCUCAAAAAUAUUUCUCAAAAUACCUACCUUCUCCCUCACCCACAACUCAAAAACCACACUAUUCUCAAAUCCUCAAAUGUGAAAAAAAAAACAAAAAUGGAUAACAUAAGCAUAUUACCAUCAACCCCAGGAAAAUUAAAACCAGAAAAAUACUACCAACCUUAUAAUAAUAAUAAUAAUAAUUACUAUAUUCAUCGCAUUAGAUUAUCAAAACUUACACUAUGGUCUUCAAUUUUCCUAGCUUUCAUUAUUUUCUUUUUCAUUCUCUCACCUUCCCCUUCCCCAAAUUCAAUUCGGACCCAUAACCCAUGGGGCGGACCCGAUUGGGAAAAACGGGUCACCAAAUCCGCCCGACGCAGCUCCGCUUCAUCUCUCACCGUACUCGUCACCGGUGCUUCCGGUUUCGUCGGUACUCACGUCUCACUCGCGCUUAAACGACGUGGAGACGGUGUUCUAGGUCUUGAUAAUUUCAACCGCUACUAUGACCCGAAUCUCAAACGCGCUCGUCAGAAAUUACUCUCACGCGCCGGUGUUUUCGUCGUUGAAGGUGAUAUCAACGAUGAAAAACUUCUUCAAAAACUCUUCGAUGUUGUUCCAUUUACACACGUUAUGCAUCUUGCUGCUCAAGCUGGUGUUCGUUACGCAAUGCAAAACCCUAAUUCUUAUAUUCAUAGUAACAUUGCAGGUUUUGUUAAUCUUCUAGAAGCUUCUAAAUCGGCGAAUCCUCAACCGUCGAUUGUUUACGCUUCAUCGAGUUCAGUUUACGGAUUGAAUUCGAAAGUUCCUUUCUCCGAAAAGGAUCGAACGGAUCAACCUGCUAGUCUUUAUGCAGCUACAAAAAAAGCUGGUGAAGAAAUUGCACAUGUUUAUAAUCAUAUCUAUGGUCUUUCUAUAACUGGGUUGCGUUUUUUCACUGUUUACGGUCCUUGGGGAAGACCUGAUAUGGCUUAUUUCUUCUUUACAAAAGAUAUUUUGAAAAGGAAACAGAUUACUGUGUUUGAAUCACCUGAUGGUGGAAGUGUUGCUAGAGAUUUUACAUAUAUUGAUGAUAUUGUGAAAGGUUGUUUAGGGGCAUUGGAUACUGCUAAGAAGAGUACUGGUGUCGGUGGGAACAAGAAGAAAGGGAAUGCACAGUUUAGGAUUUUUAAUUUGGGUAAUACUUCGCCGGUUCCGGUUACUGAACUUGUUGAUAUAUUGGAGAGGCUUUUGAAAGUGAAGGUGAAAAGGAAGGUGAUGCCGAUGCCGAGAAAUGGUGAUGUUAGGUUUACUCAUGCUAAUAUAAGUAAAGCACAAAGGGAGCUUGGUUACAUGCCUACUACUGAUUUGGAGACUGGACUCAACAAGUUUGUGAGGUGGUAUCUUGACUUUUACAAUCCUUUAAAGAACAAGAGUGUUUGGUGAUUUAUUUUAUUUCACGUGUUUUGCUUUUGUUCUGUUUUGCUGCAUAAUAUUUGUGUAUUAUUAUGAUGUAAUGUACCACAUUCCCCUAUUUCUCUUCCCUAUAAAUAAUUGCAGUGUGCUAAUUGUGCUGAGGGGAAGAACUAGUAUAUAUAGUAUCAUGGACUUUAAUCUU